AUGUUUGCAAAUGACGAUGACGAUGAUGAAUAUAAUGAAAGCUAUGAUGAAGAUCAACCACAAGGUUAUCAAGCAUUAUUAGAUCCAGAUGAUGAAGGAACUUUCACAAUGGAAGAAGAAGAGGAAGAAGAAGAAGAGGAGGAGAAAGAUCAUAAUAAUCAUGAAGAAAUCGAACCUGCUGAAGAAGACGAAGACGAAGCGGAAGUACUUAAAGAUGAUGGUCAAAUAAAACCAUUUUCUUGUAAAUUAUGUUCAGUAUCCUUCAGUAAAUUCGAAGCAUAUCGUGAACAUUUUGUGUCUACAGAACAUCGAUAUAAACGACGUGAUGAAAAAAAACGUCUUGGUGAAGGAUGUGCGAUUGAAACAUCAUCAGUGGAAAUAUUUGUUAAUCUAUUACUUUACAAUAGAAUACCAUUUGAAAGUAUUCCCAUUGACAUUCAAUCUGUUGAUUUCAGUGUAAGCGGCUCAUUAGAAUAUAAUAAUACUAAAUAUGAACAUCAACAUGCACCAUCACUCAAUGAUUUGUAUCAAAUACUUGUGCAUAAAUUUAAUCAAGACAAUGAAAAACAUCAAUUAAAAAUGCCACCACAAAGUUUUUUUGUUGCGCGAGAAAUCAAUCGAAAAGAAGUCGAUCAUGUUUGGACUGUACCACGCUAUUGUGAUGACACAGGAAAAUCCAAUGAGCAAAUUGUUAAAGAAGUCCUUGAUUACUGUGUAUACACAAGUGUUGAACCAGAACGCGAACGUAUAAUAGCACAUUCUAUUCAAACAUGGCGUAUGUUUCAUCGUCAAGAAAAUAAACCGGGUUUUUGGUGUGAUAUUUGUAAACAAUGUUUUCGAAAACGAAAAGCAAUUCUUUGUCAUUUUGAAUCAAGUGAAAAACAUGAGAAUAAUUUAAAGCGUCUUCCACCGUAUCGACGAGCUGUUCAACAUAGUUUAUUUACUGGUCGUUUAUUAAAUGAAUUUAUUCCAUUGGAUAAAGUGGAUUAUUACCGAACACGAGUUAAUGCCUAUCGACUUCCACCAUCUAAUAAAACUAUUAAAAAUGCGUAUUAUUGCACGUUUUGUAAAAAAUCAUUCGAAUCAGCUUAUACACUAGAAAAACAUCUUGGUUGGAAAGGCCAUCGUGAUUUAUUACGAAAACGUCGACAACGCGAAGUUGAUAAUAUACCACGUCUUGUGACUUAUUUAAAUUUUAAUCAAUUAAGUCAUGAACAACGUAAUGGUGGUAUUCAACAGAUGGCUAAAACACCUGAUGAAUAUCGAUUAAAAUAUAAUCUUGAGCCUGUAACAAUGGAGGGCCUUCAAGAUGAUAUUAAACGUUUUGAUACACAACUUGCACAACAAGUUAUGCAUAAUGUUCAUAAUCAACAAGGCAAUAAUAAUAAUAAUAAUAAUAACAAUAAUCGAUUCAAUCAUGGUAAUGGUAAUGAUAGAGGCCGAGGACGCGGACGCGGUCGUGGUCGUGGUCGUGGAGGACAACCAUUUCGCGGUCAAAAUUUUAGACCACGAGGUCACUUCCAUCAACAAAAUGGACAACAUUUCCAUUCAGAACAAUAUCAUCAAUCAUCAAACUAUCAGCCAUCGAAUUAUCAACCACGCUUAUUUAAUAAUAAUAAUAUUAAUAAUAAUCCUACAAAUCAAUUCUAUGCACAAAAUAAUUUCCAUCUACCAACAACGUUUCGGCCAUACAACCCAAAUUUUGUUAACAGUAAUAACAAACGGCCUUAUCAACAAAAUAAUAAUAAUAACAACAACAAUUAUUAUAAUCAACGGCAAUCAUGGCCAAAUAAGAAACCUCGCUAUGAUAAUCCAGCGCCAUAUCAACAACAACAACAACAACAGCUACCACCGCCGCCGCCACCACCACCAUUACCAUCAUCAUCAAAUCGGAUUGAUUAUCGUUAUAUCGCAAAUCAAAAUACUUAUCAGCAACAACAAAAUUUUCAUUAA